CCAAAGUAGCCGUGCCACCGGGGGCUCGCCUGCGAUCCUGCCAUGAGCGCCGCUCGGCUUUACUGGCUGUCGCUGCUUUCCCUGGCCGAGGCGAUCUCCAUCGCAAAGUCGGAGGAAGUGCACCAACACCCGAGGCUGGAAGGUUGGCUGGCGGUGGCGGCCGCCUGCGUCUCGGGGUCCCUGCAUGGAGUCGGCAUGGCCCUGCGGAAGUGGGGCGGCACUGGCAAGGUGGUCUACUGGCGCGCCUGGCGCUGGUGGCUGGGCGCCGCAGCGGACUUCGUGGGGGGCAUCUUCUUCAUGACCUGCGUGUCCUUUUUCCCGGCUGCGGUGCUGCUGCCCGUGGUGGCGGUGGUGCAGAUGGGCACUGGCUACGUCAUGGGAGUGGUCCUCUUUGGCGAGAGCACCACCAGGCGCGGGAGCCUGGGCCUGGCCUGCGCGCUGCUGGGAGUGGCGGCGUUGAGCCAACAGGACCUGGGCCUGGCGAAGCCGGCGGCGGUGAGGGACUUCUUCGCGCUCUGGGGGCGCCUGACCUUCCUGGCGGUGAACGGCUGCCUGGUGACAGUCCUGGUGGUGGUCGGCACGCUGGCGGACCGGUCCAUGCUCUUCGUGCUGAUCUCAGGCUAUCUGGACGGGGUGCAAUUCCUGGCCACGCGCGCGCUGGCCACGUCGCUGAUCGAGGGGCAGACCCUUGGCUGCCACUUCUGGGCGGUGCUCGCACUGAAGACCACCUGCAUUGUGCUGUGCCUCCACACCCUGCAGCUCGCGCUCUCCGAGAACUUGUCCCGCGUGGCGGCGGCCUACCCGCUGGUGGCCUCGGUGAUGCCCUGCAUGCUGGGCGCCGCCUUCUUCGGCGACACGCUGCCGUUGAGCCGUGGCCUGGGCUGCGCCUUCCUCUGCACGCUGCUGGGGGUGGCGCUGCUCUCGGAGCGAGGAGCUUGCCAAGAAGACAGCGCUUCAGCAGAAUCGCCGUGAGGCCCCUUUCUUUCGGUGGAAAUUCGCUGCGACUUCCAUGGCAGCGCUCCCCACCUUUUGCUCGGUUUGGUGUAUGUGAGUGGGGUGGUAAGUGUACUUGGCUGCUGUUUGCUUG